AGUACGUAGUAGUUUGGAAUAUUUAGUGACAGAAAGAAACAAUGAAUUCGGCAAAUGAAAACUCACCAUCACCAAUUCUUCUGUUAACUCUCCUUGUACAAGCUCCCAACAAUUUCGAUUAAAAUGCAAGACAUGCGCAUUUUCAACACCGGCAUCGAUCGGAGACUCCGCACCAACGCCGCCAUCAACCACCAGCAAGCGCUUAAAUGUCCGCGAUGCGAAUCACUCAACACAAAAUUCUGUUACUACAAUAAUUACAAUCUUGCUCAGCCUCGUUUCUACUGUAAAGCCUGUCGGCGUUACUGGACUAAAGGCGGUGUCCUCCGUAAUGUUCCUGUUGGAGGCGGUAUUCGCAAGGCUAAGCGGUCGUCGAAAAAUAAAAAAUUAAUUUCAACGGCUGAUCAGGCUGAUGCUGAAAAAUCAGCUGAGUCCAAUUCUAGUAGUGAGAGGUCUAGUCUCACCGCGACUACAGAGGUUGUUUCUGCACCAAGCACAAUGAGUUCGUGCCCGAAUCUGUUUAGUUUCGCUACCGAUACCAACUCAUCACAGUUUCCUGUGCCUCAGGUUAAUGAGCCUGGCUUCAAUCAGCAAAAUUUCAUCGAUCCAGACAGUGCUGGAUCGAUGUUCAGUGAUAUUGGACAGUUCACAGAAAUCAUGGCCUCGUCGACGACUGAUCUAGGGUUUAGCAUUGCCGACACUUCAACCUUCAGAUCGGGGAACCAGAACGAUGAUCAAGUGCAACAGAUGCAGAGUAUCAGGCGUUGUGAAUUAUAUUUAGAGGAGACAACUCGGAUUGAGUCUAAGGAAUCUGAUACCAAGAUGAGCAACGAUGGACUUACUGACGUGGAAUGGCGUGUUGAUGAUCAAGAAAUUUAUGAUUUAACAGGGAACGUCGAUGAAGCGUACUGGAGUCAAAAUCAGUGGCCUGAUCAUCAUAGUGACCACUCUUUUCAUUUCCACCUCCCAUAAUAUUCCUCAUCACAUUUUAACUUAUUCUCAAUUGUAUGAUUUUCGGUUUCUUUCUCCUUAAUUAUCCAUGUAAAUCUCUGUUUUCCUUUCGGGUUUUUUCCCAUAUCUAUUAAUUAGUGUUCAUCUGGAUUCUGGAGCUAACUGAGAUGUAACUAUAAAAGUUUGCUUGCUUGUUAAUUGUAUCAAAUUACUCUGAUAUAUAUAUAUAAGAUAGCGAGGUUUGCUCUAUAA